AGACAAAAUGCCAUAAACCUGACCUGUUGUCAACCUGACAAUAAACCUUCAACUAUCCAUUUUUUCCUCCCUGUUUUUAUAUAUUUUUUUCUAUUAUGUUUCCUGCGGAUAACGUAAGAACCGACUCCAUGGACAUGAGCACACCGUCCGACGAAUUCAAAAUGAUGCCCUUGAACAAGUUCUGCGUCAAAAGGUUCUUCGAGAUAGGUUUCAUCAACGCUGCCAACAUCGAGGACGAGACCUUCAUAGACAGCUUGGUGGCCCUGAACAAGACCAAACAGGACAUCACCCACGUCACCUUCAUAGACGAGAAAGACGUGAGAAACUUCCUGGUUUCUGUGGCGAACGAGGAGGAAAAUUUGGAAUUUCCACCAUUUUUGAUGGAAGAACUGAAGCAGUUCGUUGAAUACGCGUCUACCAUGGAGCUGAACGAUCCAGAGACAACCAUGGAGUACCAAGCCUACAAGAUAAAGUUCAAGCUGAUACAAACCAUGUACGAACAAUACGCCAACGUGGUUCUUGAAAUGAGGAGACGGGAUAGGUUGAAUAGGGACCUAGACACGCUGGCCGAAAGAAAAUCUACAGCCAGAGGUAAAAAAUCGACCACUGACGUCAAAUCGGGCAGUUCGAGAUCGGGGAAACGACAGGAAAAAGCCGAGAGGGAGGAUUAUACCGAAGUGGAUUUGAUGGAUAGCGAUCUGGUGAUUGACGACGCUGCUAAAAACCAGGUUUACUUCUAUAUACUCCGAGGAUUCAACAGUAUAGACGUAGUGAAAUACCUUCUCAAGAUAUCGGUCAAGCUGUCGUUCAUCGUAAGGUUGUCGGAGUAUGAGGUGGACGAAAAGAAGCAUAUAAAUCAUUUCUGGAGAGAAUACACGUUCGUUAGGAAUUGCCCAUGCGACUAUCUCCAGAACAUAGCCGUGUUCAAGUACCAAGCUCCACCACACCAAGAUGUUAACGCAAUAUUAGAAACAUCCCUGGCAGACCUAACGGAGAUAGUGAAAAAACUGAUAGACUAUAAAAGGUUACACUUCCAUUACAUAAAGAACUUGAAGAUCGUCAACACGAAAUUCACUGAAACAUUUCGAUCUUUCCCCAUUUACGAGAAUAUCAUGAACUCUUACCCUUUAGAAACCGUAACUAUACCCCUAGUGUUAAACAGUAUGCUCCAAGAGGUCCAGAUGAAACUGGAUAAGAAGCUGAAAACAAAUUCGUUUCAUAAACCACUCCCGAAGACCACCAAGCAUAAGACGAGAUGUCCGUUCGAUAUCAGAAGCAUGCUCGAAACCAAGAAGAGGGAGAAAAAGACUGAAAACCGAAAGCAGUCCUUCAGGAUAUACGAGAAAGAUUACGUAAACUUAACGUUUCGGUCUUACGAUAAUGUAGGUGUCCAAUACGUCAGAGACAACCUGGACAUCUUGAAUCUUCAAAUGCCGAUAAUGCUGGCGCGUGAGUGCCAGUCCGAAGAUACGAUAGACGAUUUCCAGGUUCACACCCAUGACGUGGUUAUCCCCAGCGAAGAAGAACCUUGCUUCACGGACGAACAGACCACCCAUUUGAUAAACUUGCUCUACCUGAAAAACAGAUAUUUCCAUGACUACGAGGACCAACAAGUGGUGGGAAACGAGUACACCAAGAACGUUGUCAUCUUCGACAAGAACCAUCACUUGAGGAACAUGCUACCGCACUGUCUGACCGACGAGGUAUGGAAAAUAGACGAACCAUUCAUCGACCACUUUCCCCAGUCAAACCAAUAUGAAUUUUUAAGACCGAUGGCCCUGCACUGGGCGGAAAUGUUGAAACCAGAGGUCUUGUGUCAGCACCUUCUGGAGUCGGAACUGAAAUUUUUGUGUUGCGACUACAUACACUGCAAACUUACGAAUUCGCUGAUAGUCAGAUAUCACAACAACGUGAAUUCCUUCGGUCUUCACACGAAGGUUUGGAGGGAGUAUCUGAGGACCCCUGUAGGUCUGGGGGAUUUUUGUAGGUUCACCUUGGUGGACGAUUAUGAUUGGCUGAAGGAGAACGGGAUCUAUCCUCAGGUCACCUACGUGGAGGUGGCUAAAAUGAUGGAAGAGCACACUGCCAUGUACCAGUAUGGAGACCCAGCGAACAGGGAUUACCGUAGCCUUCUAGUACCCCAGAUACAAUACAGCGUCUCAGAUAUUCGGCAAAGUACCAAAUGCCCCUGCAUCGAAGAAAACGUCUGCGAGAUACUAGAAAGUUGCAAUGGUGAGACUAUAUCAGGGUACCUAGACAUGUCGGCCAACUUAGAAUCCAUCCUGAAAGACUUAGAGGAAUACAACAACGUUGUAGAUUUUUCCGAACACUGCAAAGGUAAGAGCGACCAAGAUUACAGCUUUGCCGCCUAUAAUUUCGGAGUAACUAAGUUCAGCAUCGUGGGACACACGACAGACUUCAUAAGCUUGGACCAUGUUAGGGUAACAGUGGAUACCAGCAGGUUUUGCCAUGAACAGUUCAAGAUGGUAGUCAAAAUCACCACCGACUAUAACAUGUUCGUCAUUCACGUUCCCCAAAAUCGUUUUGGUUGUCACGUUUUCUUAUCCGAUGGUACCAUAGUGGUUUUCUCGAAACCAGUCGUACCAAAAGUGAACGAGGAGAAAUCUGUAGUUCAGGAGGAAGAGUCCAAAUUGACAUUUCUUGAUUUGGACGAGGCGAUUGGAGGUCCGCAGAGGAAAGAUACGAUAGAAUCUGAUUUAUCCGAAUAUUUGCUACACGGACCACCUGGGGAUACGGAGACCACAUUGACCGCUAUAGAUUUCGAACAUUACAGAUCCCAGGAACUUUUUCCUGCGGUCGGUAACAUCGUGAGGAUAUCGCCUAAGGAGAUGUUCAAAACGAACAUAAAGAAGGACAUUGAUCUACUCAAACGACUCCAACAAAACACGAAGUGCCUCAAGGUAUCUUGUAGAAGUUCUGAAAAGAUCGAUCUCAAUCUCAGAAGUAAAAUUCCCGAACGUCAGGUGGCGCUCAGCAGCGUGGUGAAGAGAAUCCUCGACAAACACGCCGAUAUGGAAAAUCGAGAAGCUCCUAAAAGAAAAUGUGUGAUCAAAAACGCCGAGGGUCUGUUCAAAACAAACCCCAUCUACGACUGCACAGUCACAGUUCCUAACGGACUCUGUAUAAGCGUGUUACCAUCAGAAAUACACGACAACACUUCGGUCAUAAAACAGAGCUACGAAUUGCAACCUGGACCCGAAGCUGUGUCAGAUGAAAGUUACAGAAUGUUCACUCACGAUGGUACACUUAUAGUCGGCAAGCUCGAUGGAAGUAUCCACUUAUUGAUGUCCAGUGGGAGAGAGAUAAGGUUCAGCAAGCCCACCAACCUUAAGGACGAGGCGUUCUGCAGGGUUAAGACGCAGAUAACGGAGGAUCUCAUAAGGAAAGCCUUCACCAGAAUGAUGUCGGAUCGUCAAGACCCAGCCGCCUCAGAAUAUUAUAUCAGCAGAAGGGGCCACAUAAAAUCCAAAUACGCGAUCAUAGAGGGAUGCGACAGCUUCAACGAGAUCAGCAAACUGCCCUUCUCGUCCGUGUGCAUGAUCAACUUCGAGGGAGAGAAGAUAACGAUCAAGAACAAAAAGAUAUACAAGUAUCAAUACAGCAGACACACCACCGAGAUCAAUUUUCAGACCGAAGAAAGGUAUUACAGGAGGGAAGACGGUUUUUCCUCUAAAAUCGAUAGGGAUGGUACCCAAUACGUGAAAUUUCCCGACGAAACUGGAAUAAAAACAGUUGUGAGCGUCUCAGAUGAACCGAUUCGUUUCAGUAAGAAAGAUAAGAUGGGUUGGAUCUUGAUAACGUCUACGUUCCUCUAUGAACACCCAUAUUACAAACCGGUUUUCUUCGACAACAUCAAUUUCUACAUUGAGAUCCAAAUGAACGUACAUGACACCCUCCACUUAAACAGUCAGGGUGGUUUCCUAAGUAUGAGAAACUCCACCUAUAUAGAUCUAAAAACGGAUUUUGUAACAUUCACGAAGGAUUGUCACCGCUGUGGCUCACAAUACAAAUGCAGGCUCUUCGUAGAACCACUUUAUCAGAAUAGGAAUCUCAAGGAAGAAAAGGAUUUUUUCGUGGACGUUGAAGACAGUUACAGGAAGACGUUCAAGGCUGAUUUUCAAGGGAAUUGCAAGAUAGAUCCGAAUUAUAUCCAUACAGCAAUGAACGAGAGGAAGUGUCAGCAUUCCAUCCAAACCGAUCAUCAGAAGAUUUACCUCAUCAAGAACAAUCUGGAAGGGAUGGUGCUGUGGAAUGACAAAGCGGCCUCAGCUGCCAUGAGAGAUUCCGAAGACGCGAACAUCCACCAUUUCAACGACGAGAGGAACACCCUGAUAUUUUUAACAAUCACCAGAAACGUCUUCACGAGCUUCAACGAGAGGUUCUUUGGCACAGCGUUGAGGGACGUCGAAAUUCCCUUAACAAAGUCAGACAUUACCAACAACUUAGUCUAUCAAACUACCAGGAACCUCUAUAGUAUGUUCGAAUUGGAUCAAGUGAACGGGCUGAUGAACUGUCUCAAAAAGUUCUUCCAGGAAGAGGUCAUGCGGGAAUUGGCUUUGAGUUUAAGCGCUCUGAAGUUUCACCUGUCGUCAUCCAAGUUCUCCAUUCAUUCCCUCUCCCAGAGUUAUCCGGAGGAGUACGAAAUGCCGUCGAAACCCGUUAUAACCUUACACGAGAAACUGAAGGAAAUCAAUAGGAAGAUUGCUGGCUCAAGGAAGAUAAUGAAGAUGAAAUUGCCGAAUUAUUUUCAUUCGAAAUUCAGCACGUUCGUGGAUACUGAGAGGUCUAGUUUGCUGAGGAUUCAAUCGAGGACAAGUUCUCCGGAUACUGAACUAGUCAAUUGAAUAUUUUAUAUUUUUAUUCUUACAUGUUUAUAUGUUGAUAUUUUUAUUUAUUUUUGGAAUAAAGUCUAAAAGUGAAAUAGG